AUGGACCCAUUUGAAGUGAGAUUAGAAUUUAUAAGUCAUCUAAAAAGUCUUAAUGCAUCGCAACCUUACAUCAAAAAGUGUGUAAAAUAUGCAAUUCAAAAUAAAGGAUGUUAUGAAGAUUUAUACAGAUGUAUAUUGGAAGUUAUGGACCAAUCAACCAUCCUACCAAGAUUGAAUUUACUUUAUUUCAUUGAUGCUUUACUCGAGAGUUCAAAAUCUAUAAAUUUCAAAGGAUACAUUGAACUUAUUAAACAAGAUUUAAAUAAAUUAAUUCUGGAUGUUACAAGUGGUCCAAAUGGGAUCAUUAAUGUUAGUAACACUAGAAGAAUCUUAUUGAGUUGGAAGAAAAAAAGAUAUUUUGACAAGAAAAAUGACAUACUUAAACGAAUGGAAGAUGAUCGUGAAAGAUCUAAACAUGUUAGAGAAGAAAUUUGGCAAAUUGAUUAUUCAAUUCCAGAUUUUGAAGCUGAAAAGUUAUGGGAAUUCACAUCAGAUUUGGAUGAUGAUGAUUUUGAAUGGAUGAGAAUUCAAAAUAAAAAAUAUUUUCCUUGUUAUACUUGGAAAAAAAAUUUUGGAUUAAAAGAUUUUGAAAAACAGGAUUAA